GCAUGUCGACGGAUUUGUAUUUCUUCGCAUAACAUUCACAACCAAACAAAAUGUACUGUGAAUUUUGACACAUUUUAACUUUAUAAACUCGGCAAAUUAGUCCGUUUUUAAAGGCGCAUUAAACAUUUCAUCCUGAAGUAUGGCUUUAACUUUGUGGAGAGUAUCAGUUCGUACUGGAUUCAGGAGGACAAUUCAGAGUUUAAACUCAAUACAAAGACAAGAAUAUUACAGCAGCUCGUCCAACGAAGAGAGACCAAACUGUGGCACAGCUACAGUUGGGACGCUGGUAACAGAGAGGAGGGGUGCGGUGAUGGUUAUUGGGAUUAACCGUCCUGAAGUGCGUAAUGCAGUGAAUCCAGAUACUGCUCAGAGACUGACAGAGGAGCUAACAGCCUUUGAUCAGGACAAAAGCCUCAAUGUAGCUGUGCUUCAUGGAAUCGGAGGGAAUUUCUGUGCUGGUUUUGAUCUGAAGGCAUUGGCCCAUGGUUCUGAUUCCCUCAAAUUGGAGCAAGAUGUCUGCAAAGGUCCUGGGCCCAUGGGUCCAUCUCGUAUGAGGCUGUCUAAACCGUUGAUCGCUGCAGUCAGUGGGUACGCUGUGGCCGGGGGUCUGGAGCUUGCCCUGCUGGCUGACCUCAGAGUCAUGGAGGAGAGCUCCAUCAUGGGUGUUUUUUGCCGCAGAUUUGGUGUGCCAUUGAUUGACGGGGGUACAGUGAGAUUGCCACAGUUGAUUGGUCUAUCACGGGCUCUAGACCUCAUCCUGACCGGCAGACCUGUGAAAGCACAUGAGGCUUUGACAUUUGGACUGGCAAACAGAGUUGUGCCUGAUGGCCAUGCACUUCAAGUGGCUCUUGAACUUGCUGAACAGGUCAGUGCAUUUCCGCAGCUCUGUCUCCGUGCUGACCGUAACUCCGCCUACAAUGCUGCCUUUGACUCCACUUCAUUCACCCAGGCCAUGCAGUACGAGACCGAAAACGGCCUACCAGUCGUUCUAGCUGAAUCGAUCGCUGGGGCAGCCAAAUUCAACUCGGGCGUUGGGAGAGGAGGGACGUUCUCAUCUAGUAAACUGUAAACGGUCAGAUGAUUAUUAUCAGAAACUUCAGAUGAUGUGGAUUGGUGAUUAAUUACAGAAUAAUUUGGAUAUUACUGAUUACUGUUGUACAAUUUGCAGUGUAUUAUAAGUUUAGAGAUUAUGCCGAAGUGUUUUUGGUCAAGUUGAAGUCUUAACCAAGAUUCAUUUUGCACAUAGUUUUCCAAUAAUUAUGAUUUGUUGUCCCUAAUGAGUAAUCGUCUGAUGUUCAAACAGUAUGCUGUGACAAAUAAGCUUUUUAAAAUGUGCUUUUUUUCAAAGCUUUGUAAAUAAUGAAAAAGCAUGUACUCAAUCUAAUCUUACCAUGGAAAUAAAUAGA